ACUAAUUAUUUGUCGCGAGUAGAGCAUGACGCGUACUUGAGCAUUUUUUCCUGAAUCGAGAUAGGUAAAAUUUUACUCUUCAUACCAGUUUUUAACAAUAAAAUCUUUUUUCUAGUAUGUAAGUGAAACAAACAAAGGGGACUCGUAUUUGAGUGAACUCAUGCGCAUAAAGAUUUAUGGCACAAACCAAAACGGUGACUCCAAACAGGUGCAAGUCAUUUUAAAAAACAUUCCAAAGAGUACAUCUAGAAAGCUAACGUUUAGAAGUGAUGAAUUCUUUAAAAACGAGAUCAAUUUCUACGAGAAAGUCUUGCCAGAGUUACUCAACUUUCAGGCCAAGAAAACACUUACAGAGCCUUUCAAUAAAUAUGCCAAGUUGUUUCUAAGUUAUUCUGAUGGGGCAAAUGAUGUGAUAUGUUUAGAAGAUGCUUCACUGCAAAACUUUGGUUCUGCCGUCAGACAGACCGGAAUAGAUGUGGCGCACUGCAGGUUAGCUUACAAAGCACUCGCCCAGUUUCAUGCCCUUUCAUUCGCUAUGAAAGAUCAGAACCCUAUCGAGUUUAAUAAAAUAAAGGAUUUAAUCUUUGAAACAUACUACGAUGAGCGUUUAAGGAAUUGGUAUUCACGUUUCUGGAAUAGAAUCUCCGGAAUAGCUAUAGACGCAGUUGAAAAAGAAUAUCCAAACUCUAAAUAUAUCGAUAAAAUUAAAGAAUUCGCGGUUCCCGAAAGGUAUGAUGAUAUGAUCAGAGCUGUAUCAGAUACAACAAACGGAGUUAUAUCCCAUGGGGACAGCUGGACCAACAAUUUCCUAUUUAAAUAUCAGGAUGACGUCCCGAUCGAUGCUAAACUUAUAGAUUUCCAACUAUCCAGAUAUGCAUCUCCGGUUCUGGACGUAGUUUUCUUUAUAUAUGCCUGUACUGGCAAAGAUCUGAGAGACAAACAUUAUAGGGAGCUCCUGGAUUACUAUUACGACGUGCUCAGUCAGCAGAUGAGGGAGAUGGGCAGUGACCCGGACAGAAUUUAUUCCCGUGAAGCCUUCUGGAGCGAUGUUAAGAAGUAUUCUUAUUUUGGUCUGGCGUUCAGUUUUGAAUCAACACCUAUGAUUGUUUUGGAACCAGACGAUGCAGUGGACAUGGAGAUGAAGGGCGACCUCAAAAUGAAUAUAGAUGAUGUCUGGCAGGUCGGUCCGUUCAAGACGAAAGAAGGUCGUCUGAGGGAAGCAAACAACAUUGUUCACUGCGUAGACCAUGGGUAUAUAUAAAACAUAUAUAUAUACAUAUAUAUUGAUUUAGAUCAUUUAGAGGAAUCAUUAUUUCUUAUUACUACAUAUUACGCACAUACCUACUGGCAUGAAGUCGCAGAAUUGCAAAAAGGUAGUAGCUAAUAUUGGCCCAGUAAAAGCAUU